AUGGCGCAUGCCACGAACCACAAGACGACGUUAGAGAAGCUGCUCAGCCUUGAGUUUGACCCCGGUUGCCGACAAUGGAGUUCUCCUUCCUCUCCCUCCCCUCCUUCUCCUUCCUCUCCCUCCCCUCUUUCUCCUUCCUCUCACUCCCCUCCUUCUCCUUCCUCUCCCUCCCCUCAUUCUCCCUCCUCUCCCUCCUCUCCUUCCUCUCCCUCCCCUCUUUCUCCUUCCUCUCCCUCCCCUCCUUCUCCUUCCUCUCCCUCCCCUAAUUCUCCUUCCUCUCCCUCCCCUCCUUCUCCUUCCUCUCCCUCCCCUCCUUCUCUUUCCUCUACCUCCCAUCCUUCUCCUUCCUCUCCCUCCCCUCAUUCUCCUUCCUCUCCCUCCCCUCUUUCUCCUUCCUCUCCCUCCCCUCUUUCUCCUUCCUCUCCCUCCCCUCCUUCUCCUUCCUCUCCCUCCCCUCUUUCUCCUUCCUCUCCCUCCCCUCCUUCUCCUUCCUCUCCCUCCCCUCAUUCUCCUUCCUCUCCCUCCCCUCUUUCUCCUUCCUCUCCCUCCCCUCUUUCUCCUUCCUCUCCCUCCCCUCUUUCUCCUUCUGUGACGUCUGGCCCUGACGUUGUGCAGCUCAGUUCUUCCAGCUGA